AUGCCACGAAGCCGUAAUUUUAAAGAAAUUUUAGAUUCUAUUCCAGAUUCGAAUUCAGAAAAUGUAAAUCCAACAACUCCUACAUCAACCCAACGAAAUGAAGAUAGAAGACGACAAGCUAACAUAGAAAAUAGCAUAGAACCAGAUAGCAUAGAAACAGAUAUAGUUAUAAGCAAAUAUGAAAAUAUGGCUAUAGAUGGAAGAAAUGAAGUUAUGAUUAUAGAAGAAAAGUUAGGCGGACUAAAUUCAAAUAAUCAAUCAAUUUCAGAAGAUAUUGAAGAAAAUAUAGAGCCAUCAUUUUUACCAAAGAAGAAACGUCGUAUGUAUUUAAAUUUUCAAUUAAACUUAGAUUCGACAAGUGAUAAAAAAGAGUUUGAAGAAAUAGAUAAAGAAUUAAACGAAAAUUUAGUUAAGCGAUUCAAUGAAGAAUCAGGCAAAGAAGCUGAAGAAUUAGCUGAAGAAAUAGAAGAAUCAACGGAAGAGUCAGAUAAUGAAUGGCAUGAUGAAGAGUUAGAUAAACAAUUAGCAAAAGAAAAAAUUUAUAGUGAUAGUAAUGAAUUUGAAGACUAUUCUGCACCAAAUAUUGACGAUAAUGAUCAGACUGGAUUUAAACCUAACUUUAAUCCACCUUUAGAAUAUGAAUGGAUUCUACUUUGGUUGCUAAAGUUUCAAUCUAGAUUCAAUUUAUCCGAAGCUGCUAUCAAUACUUUAAUUAAAUUUAUUUAUCUAAUAUUAGUUGAAAUAAGUGAUGAAAAUCAAUUUAGCCACUAUCCAAACUCAAUUUAUAUGGAUGAUGUGGUUGGCUCACGAAAUAUUAAAGAGCAACUAGAAAUUAAAAAAUGUAAUCAUAUCGAAUUUCCGAAUGUAAUUGGCACUUGA